AUGAGCAAUCGGCGUACUCGGACGGAUAACUACCGAGCGGAGAUGCAAGUACUCCUGAAGCACAACCAGAAGGUGAUCAAGCAUAUCGAGACCAGCGAUGCCGAAAAUGUGGCUCUGUAG